AUGGCGGAACCCAGGACGGAUGCUAUUCCUCUGGGCUCGGGAAAAGCGCUCAACAGCCUCGACAUCUCUCGGGCGCUCCUGUGCUCAAGGGCAGUGUAUGCUGAGACGGUCCUGGACGCGGAGCGCCUCUAUUGCGAAGCGCAGAGAUCAAAUACAGGCCUUACGUUCGAGAAAGUACACAUGUCCCUGGAAUCAGGCCUCCAGAAGUUCCUCGUGGCAUAUGCUGCCGACGCCAUCUUUCUUGCUUUCAGAGGGAGUGCGUCACUUAAAGAUGUUGCCAGCAACCUGCAGGCAGAGGCUAUGCGCAACCGGGGAGGCUCUUUCCAUGCUGGAUUCUUCAAGCGGACAGACAUCUUUGCAGGAUCUGGCCACAACCCCCUGAAAGAGCUUGUACGCAACCAAGGAAAGCGACUCAUCUUCUGUGGGCACAGCCUGGGAGGUGCAGUCUCCCAUCUGACUCUUCUGCGCUUCCUCUGGGAUCCAGCGUGUGUGCCUCCGGAGAUGUUAGUUUACGAUCAGUUUGAGAAGGACCUGGCAGACUCUUUCAUUUCCAUUGCCUUUGGUGCGCCGCACAUUUGCGACAGCGUGCUCGCUGACGAGGUCAAGGACAGUGGGCUGGGGUGGCGGUUCAUCAACAUCGUCAACCAGGAUGAUCCGGUGCCGCUUUUGCUCCACGACCUGCCAGGCCUGGUCAAGUCAGCUUUUGACGCUGCGAAGCCCGUUCUCAAGGAUGCAACGAACAGCCUCCUGGCCCUGGGAGGCUUUAUCGGUCACUCCGUCAGCGGCUAUGCCACAGGGGGCGUUGCUGGCGCCGUCCGUGGCGCAAUCAAAGCGCUGACCUCUCCGACUGCCGACAGGCUGAACCUUGCUUACACGCUGACGGAGCAGUGGGCGAACAGUGUGCAGAACAUCGAGCUCUCCGACGUGCCCAAGGGGCAGCGAUUCGCUCCCAUCGGCCAGUACGUCCUGAUGCACAAGGACCUUGGGGUUUGGACGAGCAUAUGCUUGCCAGCUGGCUCCAAACCCCUCCACUUGCACUUGGGUCAGGGACCCCUGCUCCAGGACGGUCCCCUGCAUCACCACACCUUGGACGGCUACUCGAUAGCACUGGCGGCCUGCCGUCUCAUCCAAGCCGGAUUGCCCGCCAUGGACACCCAGGUUUCCUCGACCGAGGAAAAGUUCGUCGUUUCGUGUCCUGGGCCCCAGGUACAAUUUGCGAAGCUGAAGGUGACGGACACCAAUCAGCGUUACCUUCACAUCAAGGGCAGCAACCUCCUCUUCCUGACAUCCCGGGUCAGUCUGAACGGAACCGAAGACUGGCAGACAAAAGUGCAGACUGACAACGAGCUGAAAGUGUUCGAAGCCGUGAGCCCCCUCCAAGCAGGGCAGCGAAGGACCAGCGCGAUGGAGACAAUCAGGAUCGCAAUCGUGAAGACUGCAUUUGGUCAAACGGAGGCAGCCGUGGUGGAGGACUUCCAGAUUGGAGAGACACAAAUAGAAAGAGCUGGGGUUCUUGGAAGCUUCCCCAAGUGCAUCCAGACCAUGCUCGUCAAGGCGCAGCCUCCCCUCUCACUUAAGCCAUCCCCUUCCGACUUGGAGAUGCUCGACAACAUUAUGAGUUUGGACGACCCGGAAGGCCUGUUACAACCUGCCCCUAUUGUAACGAUUACGACUGGUUAA